ACAUCAGACUCCGGCCGCAGGAGACGCUUCACAAACGCCCCAACUUCCCUCGGAGGGAAAUGGAAAUAAAUCAGAAAGCGGACAUUUACUUUGACGGUUGUCCCGCCGUGACAGAAAGUUCGGGAGACGGUGUCAGCGGGGGUAACGCCCUCUCGGCUGGUCCGCCUCCGCUAUUGGCUGGAAGCAGUGAUUGACAUCGCUUCGCACCAAUGGGAAUAGCGCAGCGCGUGACUCCUCUGUUGACGGCGGUGGGGGAGGGGCUGGUCACGUGAUUAGUAGCCCAGCCGUUAAACCGACCAAGCUCGAGCUCACCAGCGCGCGGGGCACAAAAGGCCCCGGAUGAUCGGUUGAGGUUAAAAAUGACAAGGAAUUUGUCUACUGGAAUCUCGAACAGAACACGCCAGUUUUGCUGUCUCUGUCCAGAUAUUUAAUAGUCAUAGUCAUACUUUAUUGAUCCCGGGGGAAAAUGGUUUUCGUUACAGUUGCACCAUACAGUGGAAGAAGUGAAACAAGGCAUCCACUCAAUCAUCCCUCCUGCUCAGACGAUGGGGAGUGCUUCUCUGGAUCAUCAGACCGAUUGGCAUACCCGUCAUUUUACACAGGGGGGAAUCCAUUCAUCUGAUCAUACAGUGGGAAUGAAUUCAAUCGGUCAUCUCAACUGAAGGUACGUCAUCAAGUUCACACCGGGACAAGGCCAUUCACCUGUUCUGUGUGUGAGAAGGGAUUGAGUCGGUCUUUCCAUCUGUGGACACACCAGUCAGUUCACCCUGGGCAGGGGCUGGUUGUCUGCUGAACUUGUUGGGAAGAAUUCACUCGAUCAUCUGACCUAAUGUCUCACCAGCGAGUUCACACCGGGGAGCAGCCGUUCACCUGCUCGGACUGCGGGAAGGGAUUCACUCGCUCAUCUAAAUUGAAGGUACAUCAGCGAGUUCACACUGGAGAGAGGCCAUUCAUCUGCUCGGAAUGUGGGAAAGGAUUCACUCAGUCAUACCAUCUGCUGACACACCAGCGAGUUCACACUGGGGAGAGACCGUUCACCUGCUCAGACUGCGGGAAGGGAUUCACUUGCUCAUCUAAACUGAAGGUACAUCAGCGAGUUCACACUGGGGAGAGGCCAUUCAUCUGCUCAGACUGUGGGAAGGGAUUCACUUGGUCAACCGAUCUGCUGACACACCAGUCAGUUCACUCUGGGGAGAGACCAUUCACCUGCUCAGUCUGUGGGAAGGGAUUCACUUGCUCAUCUCAACUGAAGGUGCAUCAGCGAGUUCACACUGGGGAGAGGCCAUUCACCUGCUCAGAUUGUGGGAAGGGAUUCACUUGCUCAUUUAAACUGAAGGUACAUCAGCGAGUUCACACUGGGGAGAGGCCAUUCAGCUGCUCAGAUUGUGGGAAGGGAUUCACUUGCUCAUCUAAACUGAAGGUACAUCAGCGAGUUCACACUGGGGAGAGGCCGUUCACCUGCUCAGUCUGUGGGAAGGGAUUCACAUACUCAUCUCAACUGAAGGUGCAUCAGAGAGUUCACACUGGGGAGAGGCCGUUCACCUGCUCAGACUGUGGGAAGGGAUUCACAUGCACAUCUCAACUGAAGGUGCAUCAGAGAGUUCACACUGGGGAGAGGCCGUUCACCUGCUCAGACUGUGGGAAGGGAUUCACUGGAUCAUCUCAACUGAAGGUACAUCAGCGAUUUCACACUGGGGAGAAGCCGUUCACCUGCUCAGACUGUGGGAAGGGAUUCACUGGAUCAUCUCAACUGAAGGUACAUCAGCGAGUUCACACUGGGGAGAGGCCGUUCACCUGCUCAGACUGUGGGAACGGAUUCACUCAGUCAUCUCAUCUGAAGGUGCAUCAGAGAGUUCACACUGGGGAGAGGCCAUUCACCUGCUCAGACUGUGGGAAGGGAUUCACUCGGUCAUCUAAACUGAAGUUACAUCAACGACUUCACACUGGGGAGAGGCCAUUCACCUGCUCAGUCUGUGGGAAGGGAUUCACUACAUCAUCUGAACUCAAAGUACAUCAGCGAGUUCACACUGGGGAGAGGCCGUUCACCUGCUCAGAAUGUGGAAGGGGAUUCACUCGGUCAUCCCAACUGCUGGUACACAAGUCAGUUCACACUGGGGAGAGGCCGUUCACCUGCUCAGAAUGUGGAAGGGGAUUCACUGUGUCAUCCGAACUGCUAAUACACAAGUCAGUUCACACUGAGGAGAGGCCGUUCACCUGCUCAGUCUGUGGGAAAGGAUUCACUUGCUCAUCUCAACUGAAGGUGCAUCAGCGAGUUCACACUGGAGAGAGGCCGUUCACCUGCUCAGACUGUGGGAAGGGAUUCACUACAUCAUCCCAACUGAAAGUACAUCAGCGACUUCACACUGGGGAGAGGCCAUUCACCUGUUCAGAUUGUGGGAAGGGAUUCACUUGCUCAUCUAAACUGAAGGUACAUCAGCGAGUUCACACUGGAGAGAGGCCGUUCACUUGCUCAGUCUGUGGGAAGGGAUUCACUCAGUCAUCUCAACUGAAGGUACAUCAGAGAGUUCACACUGGGGAGAGGCCGUUCACCUGCUCAGACUGCGGGAAGGGAUUCCCUCGGUCAUCCAGCCUACUGGUACACAUGUCAGUUCACACUGGGGAGAAGCCGUUCACCUGUUCAGACUGUGGGAAGGGAUUCACUCAGUCAUCCGGCCUACUGGUACACAUGUCAGUUCACACUGGGGAGUGGCCAUUCACCUGUUCAGACUGCGGGAAGGGAUUCACUCAGUCAUCUCAACUGAAAGUACAUCAGCGAGUUCACACUGGGGAGAGGCCAUUCACCUGUUCAGACUGCGGGAAGGGAUUCACUCGGUCAUCCAGCCUACUGGUACACAUGUCAGUUCACACUGGGGAGAAGCCGUUCACCUGUUCAGACUGUGGGAAGGGAUUCACUCAGUCAUCCAGCCUACUGGUACACAUGUCAGUUCACACUGGGGAGUGGCCAUUCACCUGUUCAGACUGCGGGAAGGGAUUCACUCGGUCAUCUCAACUGAAAGUACAUCAGCGAGUUCACACUGGGGAGAGGCCAUUCACCUGUUCAGACUGUGGGAAGGGAUUCACUCGAUCAUCUCAACUGAAAGUACAUCAGAGAGUUCACACUGGGGAGAGGCCGUUCACCUGCUCUGUGUGUGGGGAGGGAUUCACUCAGUCAUCUGAACUGAAGGUACAUCAGCGAGUUCACACUGGGGAGAGGCCGUUCACCUGCUCAGACUGUGGGAAGGGAUUCACUUGCUUAUUCCACCUACAGAGACAUCAGCGUGUUCAUACUGGGGAGAGGCCAUUCAACUGCUCAGAGUGUGGGAAAGGAUUCACACAGUCAUCUCAUCUGAAGUUACAUCAGCGUGUUCACACUGGGGAGAGGCCAUUCACCUGCUCUGUGUGUGGGGAGGGAUUCACUUGCUCAUUCCACCUACAGAGACAUCAGCGAGUUCACACUGGGGAGAGGCCAUUCACCUGCUCAGACUGUGGGAAGGGAUUCACUUGGUCAUCUCAACUGCAGAGACACCAGCAAGUUCACAAUGGGUAGAGGCUGAUCACCUGCUCAGACUCUGGGAAGAGAUUCUGUCAGCCAUAUCAACCAAAUGUGCAUCAUUGAAUUCACACUGGGGAGAGGUUGUUCACCUGCUGUGAAUGUGGGAAGCGAUUCAUUCAGUCAUCUAACCUUAUCUAACCCGCGCUUCGGCUGGCAGCGUAAUAUAGGGGGUGAUAGCCCCCCAGCCCGGCCCAACUUCAGAAAUCUCGUUUGGAUGGAUGCCGCAUGAUGUGUCCCCUGUUACAAAUCAGUACCCUGUGUGACGGGGUCCUGAAUUACCCCUAUGAACUGUGCUCGAUUACCCCUAUUAACUGUGCUUUUGAAAAGAGAGAGAGUUAUUUAACAUCGAUAGCUUGUUUUGAAAGAGAGAGAGACAAAGACUAACUGUGGGACUGUCACUUUAAGGCACGAGAAAGAACUCGUUAACUUUAGGCAUUCUGCUGAGUUGGAGAAAGCACCGAGCAGCUCGUAAGUUGCAAUUGUAACCAAAGGCGGUAUUAUUUAAUGGACACUUGAUGUCAUAUUUUUGGCAGGUUGUUGACACUUUCUUCAAGGAUUUUUGCCUGCUUGGAUUUCUUUCACAGGGAGAGAAUGGAAGAGUUAUUUGAAUGAUAGUUGACGCUCAGCACGGGAAGAUAAAAUAGGUCAGAUGAUAGACCUCAGACACAUGUUUGGACACUGAAUGAGCAUUGUUGUGCCCGCAGGGAAAGUGGGUUUUGGAGGAUCGAUCAGGCAGAUCGAUCCAUCGCUCUUGCAGUGGAAAGAGGAAAAGGGUUGACUGGUGGGGAGUUGUCCAUGUGUCCACCCUUGCCUGAGGGAUAGCUCCACCAUAGAAAACCGGUCCCCUUUGUUAAAGUCACAGUCGGUGACUUUUAAAGGAUUUCAAAGGACAACGAGAAGAUCAACGGCAUCAGCUCACCUGAAGACUCAAAUCUCUGUCUCCCUCUCUCUCCAUCACUACUCAACUCAAUACCACGAACUGAACUGAACUGAACUUUACUUAUCAUCGUAAGACUGUAUCUUUUUACCCCUAGACUUAAAGAAGCUUGGUUUUUUAUACAUAUAUAUUCCACACUUACUUUUAUGUAAUCAUUACUAACCUGUUUGAUUUAUCUACAUUUAUAUUAUUGUAUUGUGUAGUUACUAAUAAAUAUUAUUAGUUUAUAGCAAUACUGGACUUCAAAGUGUUUUCCAUCUCUGCUGGUUCUUUAUUCCCGUCACGGGCUACGUAUACAAAAUUGGGGCUCGUCCGGGAUAUGAACCCUGGACCUCUUACAAAAUUGGGGCCUGCAUCAGUGUUAUGAACAAAAUUGGUUGGGAGGCUUGUUUGAAUUGAUUGGGGAAAAUCCCGUUUGAUUUGGUUGUGUGGAAAUGCAGCAGAAAUGGAUGUUAGUAUUGAGGAUGAGCUUCAGCUUCUGUUGGAAAAAUUAAGAAUGGAGCAUGAAUUGAAAUUAAAACGGCUUGAGAGAGGCUAGAAAGGCAGCAAGAUGUAGACAAGAGGCAGCAAGACAGAGCGAAGGGUAGGAAAACAGAGAGAAGAGGCAGAAAGACAGAGACAGCCGAGAUGGAGAUAUGGCAAUGUGAAGAUCAGGUGGCAGACGACAAGCAGAAGCGGUUCAAGCUGGAAAAGAUAGGGAAGUUGCAGCAAAGAGGUUUAGUGUUGGACCCUGAUGAUUUUUACAGCUCGGAAGGGCUUGUUUUGUGUGAUGAAUUGAAAAGUUGUGUUCUUGAUGAUGUAAGGGCAUACCCUGAUGCAGAGGAUGCCGCUACCCUGCAGGGGUUUGAUAAGAAAGCAGACAAAGAAGUUUUAACCCACGAGGUUGAGUUUACUCCCAAAAAGAAUUUGCCAGAGAAUAGCUGGGAGGUUCGGGGUGACCUUGAAUUUGAAACUGGGACAAAUGAUGACAGCCCAGAAGAGGCAGCUGUCCCGAUUUAAUGUGUUCAGGUUGUGGAAGUACCUGUGAAUUCACAGGGUUCUGAACCUUAUGUUAAAGCUCAGUUAAAAUCUGAGGUGCCUGACUUGGUUGAAAAGGAAUGCAGGUUUUGUGUGUCAGAUGAUCUUGGUUCAGUGAAUAAGGGGUUAACCUUGGUACUGGUGGAAUGUGAGGAUUCUCAGUUACUUGUAUUAGACCGUGGUUUAAAGGCUGGUGAAGAAGUGGGUUCUGGUGAGGUCAGUGUUGCUGAAAAUAAUGGGAAAAGUGCUGUUCCUGGACUUUUGGAUAAAGUGCUGGAAAAGUUUGGAUUGGUUGCGCGACCUUUGACCCUGCUUGCGGGACAAAGGCCUGCCGAGCAAGGAUGUGCUACUCUGUGGAAUUUUGUUUGGACACUUCAGCACCUGCAAGCUAAUUCAGUGUAAUAUUAUGGAGAUAAGUCGGAGAAAUUUGAUGAACGGAUUGUUUGGUCUCUUCCAUAAUGUAUACAUGGUUCCCAUAAGCCUGAUGAUGGUGCUGAGUUUAGUAAACAAUGGAGACAUGUUGACAGCUCUCCACGAUAAGAGUGUUUCAGCAAUUCAGCUGAUGAGCAGAGCUGCUGUUGAGGCCUACGGUAGGAAAACCAGAGGUUUAAAUUAUAAUGAUGUAUCACAGACUUUUCUACCUUCCAGAUUUCGGCAGGACUUUGAGAGUAAGGUGUAUGGGAAAGACUUGUCUUUAUUGAGGAAGGUAUUUACAGAGAACAGAAGGGAGAUUCUGGAAUGGUGGCUUUAAAGGAGAUAGCUCUCAUAGGAGAAGAGGUUCAGAGAGAGUCAGUGGGAUAUUACCAUAAAGAUGGGGUGUUGAUGAGGAGGUGGAGACCAGCCACUGUGCCUGCAAGUCACGUGAUGGUUCUGAAAGUUUACAGGGCUGAAAUUUUAAACAUGGCUUACAGUGUGCCUUUUGGUGGGCCUCAUGGAGUGAGAAAGACAGUGAACAGGAUUAUGAAGGAAUUUUACUGGCCUAGUUCAAGGAAGGAUGUUGUGAAUUUUUACAGGAUUUGCCAUACCUGUCAUGUGGAGGGGAAAUCUAAUCAGGUUAUUCAGGUAACACUACUUAAACCGGUAUCUGCUUUUAGUGAAUCUUUUUCCUGGGGUCAUAGUGGAUUGUGUAGGCCCAUUGCAAAAGACUGCAGCUGGUCAUCAGUAUGUGUUAACAAUUAUGUGUGCUGUGUCUAGGUCCCCUGAAGUAGUGUAUUUUGAAAACACCCUGGCCAAGACUGUGGUAACAGCAUUCAGUAAGUUUUUCCCACUGGUAGGUCUGCCCAAAGAAAUUCAAUUUGAUUUAAAAAGGGUUGUAGGUUUACUUUGAGAGCAUUCCAGGGGAUAGCUACAGAAUUAGAAGCUAAGCACAUGGUGUCAUCUACAGAUGUAAGAGUCCAAGGGAGCCUUGGAACGGCUCCACUCAACUCUUAAGACCAUGAUUAAAACACAUUGUGUGAGAAAUGGGAAAAAUUGGGAUGAAGGGGUUCCCCUCCUCUUAUUUAUUGUUGGAGAUUCGAUUCAGAAGGCUUUGGAGGGUAGUUUGUUGAAACCUGUAUUCAGUUACAGGCCAAAAGGACGUUUGACCCUACUCAGAGAACUAUGGUCUGAUUGAGAAAAAUGUGUCAGUGUGUUUAAGUUUGUUUUAAAAUUCUGGGAAAAUUUAGUAAGCUUUGUGUCCUUGCAAAGGAAAGUUUACAAAAUGGUCGAAUCAAAGUAAAACACUUGUUUGCUAGAAUUGCAGCUGGGAGAAUUGUUAUGGAACAAAAUGGAGUCGUGGAAUCUGAUAAUGGAGUGGAAAAACAUGUUUGCCCACUGAAUCUAUUCUCACUCAGAUGUCAGAAUUCCAUUGUUUUGGAAAAUAUUACUGAUAAGGUCCAUCAGUUGGACCCUAGAUCGCAACAACUAGCGAAAGGACUAAUUGGUAUUUUGAAAUAGAGCACAGGUGCAGUGCAUCACGUCAUUAUGAAUUCAGCCCAGCCCAUGAAAUGGUACCUUUACAGAGAGAACUUUCAGAAAGGAAAAUGGUUGAAGAAAUUAGAAACAGGAAAGAACAAGGACAGAGAAUGAAUGACUGUAUUGAUAGAGUGGGGAAGGCUAAAUACCUUUUAAAGUUUGACUUGUUAAAAGAAUACUGGGGUGUUCCCUUAACAGAGAGGGCUAAAGAGAAAUCAGCAUUUGGGACAUUUCAAAGAAUGAUCAAUUCUGUGAUUAGAGGUUUAGUAAACACAGGGGCUUAUAUCAGUGAUUUAUUGGUCUUGAAUGACACGUGGGAAGAGCAGAUUGCAGCUGUAGAAAAACUAUUUGACAGAUUUUCCAAGGCCAGUCUUACUGUGGACCUCACUAAAAGUGAGUUUGGCCAUGUUACAGUUGUUUGUACAUAUGUGUGUUAUAUGUUGGGCCAAGGCCACUUGACUCCUGGACAGGCCAAGGUUCAAGCUAUUGCUGAAGUUCCUGUAAAACUGUAUCUUUUUACUGCUAGAAUUAAAGAAGCUUGGUUUUUCAUACAUAUAUAUUCCACACUUACUUUUAUGUAAUCAUUACUAACCUGUUAGAUUUAUCUACAUUUAUAAUACUGUAUUGCAUAGUUACCAAUAAAUAUUAUGAGUU